UGAAACGAGUUUUUCGCUUUCUCUUGGAAUCCAGGUAACGAUGUAUCAACCCACAUAGCAAAAUUGCGUAGUCUAUGGAACGAUUUAAAUCAAACUUUAAAGGCCAAAAAUGAAACUGAGCUUCCAGAUUUAAUACUUGUUUGUAAAACGCUACAUAUUUUGCCAAAAACCUUUGAAACGUUCCGUCAAAGUUGGAUGCUCUUGACAAAAGACUUUCGACGAAUUAACUAAUCAAAUUGUCAUGUUUGAGAGAAAUCUUAGAACAAAAGAAAAUGACGAAAAGGAAAGCCAGGAGACUUUUUCUACCACAGCACAAAAGGAGCAUCAUCAGGAUUCAGGAGCAUCUGGUCGGAGAUUCGAUACCUGCCGCUAUUGCAAGAAAAAGGGGCACUGGGUGAGGAACUGCAUAAAAUGGAAGAAGGAUGGACGUCGGAAGCCGAGCUACCAGAAUGCUGAACAAGGAAAUUGUGCAGAACCAACGGUAACUCUCGUCUCAGUCCACAAUGGCGUGUUUGCAGCAGAGGCAAACUCAGAGGUCGACUGGUGGAUAGACAACGGUGCAACAAAACACGUUGUGAAGACUGCGAAGUAUUUCGAGCAUUUUGAGAAGUUUGAGAAUCCGAGUUGGAUCAGAGCAGCUGGAAAUGAAACCUUGUCAGCUUUGGUCCAGGGCACAAUCAAAGUCAAAACGAUUGUCAAUGGAAAAAUUCUUUUCCUUUCUUUUCUUGAGCUUGAGAGUAGUCAGCAAGUCAAGCUUGAGAGUAGCUUUUGCGAGCCUUGCAUCCUUGGAAAGGCGCAUCGAUUGCCAUUUGGAACGAGGAAACCAGCGACGAAGCCAGGAGAAUUGAUGUCAGGCGAUGUUUGCGGCCCAUUUGAGGAUUCUUUCCAGAAGAAGAGGUAUUUGGUAGUUUUUAAGGAUCAUUUCACCAGGUUUCGAUAUGGGUACAUCGUCAAGCAGAAAUCAGAGGUCAAGGACGUGCUACGACACAUGGUUUCUCACGCCAAGCUACACGGGCACACAAUUCGAGAAUUCCUGAGCGACAAUGGAGUAGAAGUCGACUGUGCAGGAGUGAGAGUAACUCUUCAGAAAGCUGGUAUAACUUUUCGACUCACCGUAUACUCCAGAACAAAACGGUGGUGUCGAGAGAGAGAAUCGAACGAUAGUCGAAAUGGCGAGAACUUUCAAGUAUUCUAAUCCAAAAAUAAAAUUUCCAGAAGCAAUUUGGUCCGAGUUGGUCAGCACAGCAGCCUACGUUCUCAAUAGGACGGGCAAAUCUUCGUUAAAGGGUCUGAGCCCUUACCAACUUUGGCUGGGCAAGAAACCAAGAAUCAAACAUCUUCGAAUCGUAGGAUCGACGUGCUAUGUACACAUUCCAUGCCAAAAAAGGAAGAAGAUGGACGAAAAAGCUGAAAAGGGGUACAUGGUGGGUUACGACGGCGAUGAGAGGUAUCGUAUUUACUUACC